AAAGCCCUCUAAAUUCAUAGCAAGUUCGACAGUUUUCGGAUCAACGUUCAUAGUUAGUUUGCAAUAUGAAGGCAAUUGUUUUUGUUGGUUUAGUAGCCACGGCUCUGGUAGGAGUUCAGUGCGAGAACCAAAUCACUAGAACUAUGCGUAAGUAUCAAGUUAUACCGGAUGUUAUUUUUGAAGGCCCUGAAAACGAGUUGGAUGUUGGCUAUGGCGAUGUUGAUGUUGUUGCACCACACACACUAACUCCCACCGAAACCAAAGAUAAACCAGACUAUGUUAAUUGGGAUGCCGAUGAUGAUGCUUAUUAUACUCUGAUCUUUACCGCACCUGAUGGACCCACUCGGGCUAAUCCUAAAUUUAGAGAAGUUAUCAAAUGGCUAGUUGUUAAUAUUCCUGGAACUCAAAUUGAUAAGGGGCAUGAAAUUGUUCAGUACAUUGGUGCAGCUCCAGAAAAGAAAGCGGGAUUAAGUCGAUACGUUUACUUGGUUUAUAAACAAAAAGGCAAACAAGAAUUUGAUGAAAAAAAGAUCGAUAACAAGUCUUUUGAGCCACGCAAACACUUUUCUACCAGAGGUUUUGUUAAGAAACAUAAACUAGAAGAAAAACCUGUGGCAGGGACCUUCUUUCAGUCUCGUUGGGAUGAUUAUGUUCCUGUUCUUUAUAAGCAAAUUGGUUAUAAACCAUCAUCAUAAAUCAAUGUAUAGUGAAGAUUCUUCUUUUUUCUAAGCUUUAUAAUGUGUUCAAGU